GGAGGUUAUCACACCGGCAGCCUGCUCGGCGUCCGACUGACAAUGCAGCCACUGUCCAUCCUGCAGGACUACAAGUGACCGGGACGCCAGCACUGGAUCCAUCGGCGUCCGUGGCUGAAGACGCAGCUGCAGCAUCGGCCGAGGACUUGGCCACAAGACGAGGACCCUUAACCCGCUCGAGCUCACGCCACCUCGUCACAGCUGUGGACACAGACAUCUCUGCAACCCUGUUGUGUUUGGUCGAGGGGUCGGAUCGUGGGAGAAGUCUACAACUGAGGCGGCGCACUUGUUAACAAGGGGAUGGAGGGGGAAUUGUGUUGUGUUACUUUUGCGUUUAUUGCACAUUUUUGUUGUGUUACUUUUGCCUUCCUUGCACUUUUUUUAUUGUUGUUUGUUGAAAUUACAUGCUCCCGGCCGCGGUUGGCUUUGAUCGUCCGAGGCGCAAAGUUGUUGAGCCAAGGACGGCUCAGGCGGUGGGUGAUGUAGGCGAUCUGCGAGCUAUCCUCACGCACUCGCACCACGCAGACAUGAAAUCUCCACACUCAGCAUAGCACACACCAAUCACACGCACGGGAAUAUACUAGACGAGGGUCAAGGGAUAAAGGGCACUGAAAGAACACGGACUCGGCAUGCGAGACGGAAAUGUGGAUUGGGAACGAGGGCAGAGAUGGAGGGUUUAAAAGGGGCUGUUAAACGCGUGUUCGGGGUUGGUGUUAGGAAUUAGUGUGGCUGUGCUUUGAAGAACAAAUAAGUGUCUAACUUGUAUUCUAGCGUGGCUGUUCCACACCCACCUCGUUACCUCAAAACACUUUCCGCCCUCACCUCGUUACCUCAUCAAACUUCCUUACCCGCACCUCAUUGCACUCCCUUACCAUCACCUCACCACGCUCCCUUACCUUCACCUCAUCACACUCCUUAUCAUCACCUCAUCACACUCCCUCACGUCGUCUCAAUUCCGCAAAUUAUCUUAAACCUCAUCAACAUCUCUCUGAACCUCAUUGCCUCCCCUCACCUGCUCUCACACCCGCUCGUCACUCACCUCAUCUCGCCAUCGCCCCCCUCACUCCCUCCACCAAACCUCGUCGCUCACCUCAUCGUCUCUCACUAGCCCCUGUCAUCUCCCUGAUGAUGGUGCUGGUCGUAUGUAUGUUGAACUUCUGUCACACCGGUGGGAAGGUGCGUGGGGGGGAGGGAUGGCCAAUUCAACACAAAAUAAUAAUAAUCAACAGAACACAAGCAAGCAACAAAAAUAUUGUCGUUUUACGUCUAGCGCCACAGUGUUACUGACGAAUGUUUGUUGAUAUUUUCAGUCUGAAAGGGGCAUCGGCUUGGCCGUAAUGACAUUGCCGUGCCGCUGUUUACCUUCCUCCACCUCUCCGUCUCCCCCUCAUCUCUCUGUCUGCACCCCUCUCUCUGUCUCCCCCUCCUCUCUGCGUCUGCCCCCGUGUGAACGCGCAGGUCGAGUACAUGCUCGUCUCCUUCGAUCACGCGGCGCGCAGGACCCGCGUCCUGUUCAACGCAGAGGAGCUGAUCAACGACUUGAGAGCCAUGGACGAGGAGGCCAACCCGGGCUCAUCAUACUUACUUACGUAACCUCACCACACUACCUUACCCUCACCCUCACCUCGUCACACUCUCUCACAUCGUCUCAAUUCCGCAAGUCAUCUUUAACCUCAACAAUGUCUCUCUGAACCUCAUCGCCUCCCCUCACCUGCACUCUCACCCGCUCAUCACUCACCUCAUCUUGCCAUCGCCCCCCUCACUCCCUCCACCAAACCUCGUCGCUCACCUCAUCGUCUCUCCCUAGCCCCAGUCAUCUCCCUCAUCUUGUUACUCCCCUCAUCCCCCCUCCACUUCAUCAACUCGUCGCUCACCUCGUCAUUCACCUCAUCGUCUCUCUGUAGCCCCGGCAUCAUUCUCAUCUCGUCGCCCCGUAACUCCCCUCACUCCCUCCACCUCGUCUCCCCCUAGACCCCGUCACCUCCCUCAUUUCCUCCAUUCGUCACCCGCUCCCCCCCUCACUCCCUCAACCUCGUCCACACCCCAACCUCGUCGCUUCACCUCGUCACCGAGGAUGGCGCCGCAAAUGAGAGGGACGACGCUGCGCUGGAGCGACACGAAGCUGUGCGCGGGGUUCGUGCGCGCACGCGGCCUCCAGCAGCUCGUGCGGGGCCUCACGCAGCGGGGCCACGGGGACCACCCGCUCCUCUGGGGUGAUGAGGUCGAGUACAUGCUCGUCUCCUUCGAUCACACGGCGCGCAGGGCCCGUGUCUUGUUCAACGCAGAGGAGCUGAUCAACGACUUGAGAGCCAUGGACGAGGAGGCCAACCCGGGGUACCCAUCGCGGUGGCACCUGGAGUAUUGCAGCUACAUGCUGGAGGGGAUCCCAGCGCAGCCGUACGGAAGCUCCAUGGCCGAGCUGGCCAGCGUGGAGCCGAGCAUGAGGCUGCGGCGGAGGGACAUGCUGGCUCGGCUGCGCUCGAACGAGACGAUAUGCUCUCUCACCACCUUCCCCAGACUCGGCUGCCCAGGUUUCUCUGAGCCCGAGUGUGUGCCCCAGCACCGAGAUGGACAAUCCGCGUCCCUGUUCUUGCCGGACGAGGCUAUCACCUGCCACCCACGCUUCAGCGCGCUUACGAGGAACAUCCGUGAAAGGCGAGGAGAGAAGGUCGUGGUGAACGUACCGAUCUUCAGGGACAGAAACACUCCGUCCCCAUUCAUCGACCAAAUCCCGCACGGUGACGAGGAGGCGGCCAUCGCGGUUACGGCUGACCACAUUUACAUGGACGCGACGGGAUUCGGCUUGGGAAACUGCUGCCUGCAGGUUACACUGCAGGCCAGAAACAUAGAAGAAGCGCGACAUAUCUACGACCAGCUGGCUCCUCUGUGUCCCAUCAUGAUGGCCCUUGGCGCCGCCGCCCCCUUCUACCGGGGGCUCGUGUCGGACGUUGACUGCCGUUGGAGCAUCGCCUCCGCGGCAAACGACGACCGCACGCGACAGGAAAGAGGGCUCGAGCCCCUGACAACGUCCAAGUGGCGAAUCCCCAAGUCGCGGUUUGACUCCAUCGAUAGCUUCCUGUCGCCCGGCGGAGCGCAGUUCAAUGACCUGGAACUGCCCAAGGACGAGGACGUCCACCUGCAGCUCCUGGAUGCAGGCAUCGAUCCGCUGCUCGCUCAGCACUUUGCUCACCUCUUCAUCCGCGACCCCCUCGUGCUGUUCUGCGAGAAGAUCCACGCCGACGACGAUGAGAACGAGGCCUACCACUUUGAAUGCAUCCAGUCCACAAACUGGCAGACGUUGCGCUUCAAGCCUCCGCCGCCGAACACCAACAUCGGGUGGCGCGUCGAGUUCCGGCCGAUGGACGUGCAGCUCACGGACUUCGAGAAUGCGGCGUACGUGGUGUUCGUGGUGCUGCUCACGCGCGCCAUCCUCUCCUAUGGCCUCAACUUCCUCGUGCCGCUCUCCAAGGUAGAUCAGAACAUCAGGAAGGCGCAGAAGAGGAACGCUGUGCUGGAGGAGAUGUUUUAUUUCAGGAAGGACAUUCAGGCAGAGGUGGACGCUCCCCCAGCAGAUGACACCGAGUCCGAGGACGAAGUGGGGAUCCUCAUGAGCAUUGACACCAUCAUCAAUGGCAAGGUGGGGGUGUUCCAGGGCCUCAUCCCCAUAGUCAACAGCUUCCUGGAAGACAUGGAGGUGGACGUGGAGACUUGGUGCACGAUCUCCCACUACAUGGAGCUCAUCAGCAAGCGUGCGUCUGGGGAGCUAGGAACGACGGCCCAGCGGCUUCGCGCCUUCGUGAGCGGCCACCCUGACUACGCACACGACAGCGUCAUCUCGGAGCGCGUCAACUAUGACCUGAUGCUGCGCUGUGACGCCCUGUCGCGUUCGGGGCCCCACCGCCAUGGCGCGGACCCCUUGCACGAGCUCAGCCACGGCGCUUGCCAGACCGGAUAGCUCACCUCGCUCGCCACGCUCAGCGCACUUACCACGCCCACCAGGCUUGCGAUGCUCACCACGCUCACCUCAUUCGCCAAUCUUACCUCGCUCACCGCACUGAACUCGGUCACCUGCGCUCACCACACUCACCGCGCUCACCAUGCUUAUUGCACUCUCCUCACUCACCUUGCUCCCCGCACUCACCACGCUCACCUCGCUCGCCACAAUCACCUUGCUCCCUGCAUUCACAUCGCUCCUUGUGCUCACCACACUCUGAUAAACCCAAAGGUGAACGCCAGGUCACCCCCGUUACAGCAGGGACCCUGUGGCAUGUGGGCAAAAUGCGGGCCAUGCUUCGUUUUUACGUGGCCCGUCACUCCACUUCACAUCAAUUCAUUGUUUCACGGGGCCCUUCAUGUCAUAUAAUUGGAUUAAAAAAAACAAGACGAAGCUUUUGUAGAAGUUGUGGUGGUCUGUGGGUUUCAGGUGAGGUCAGCAGGGAACCGUGUGUGAAUUGUCCACUGCAGCCUAACAAAUGUAAAGGUGGACCGAAGUGACCGCAUGUGCAGAUUUAACGUGUGCAGGCUUUCACGACCUGAUGCGAUUCAAAAUAGUUUUUUGGUUAGAUGGCUGCGAGUAAAAUGUUUGUCGUUACACCCUCCUCCAAUUCAUGAAAUCAAAUGCUUGGAAACUAAGUAUGUGUGUGCUGUACGAAUCGGUGAGUGGUCAUUGUUACUGUGAACUUCACUCAUUGAUUACUCCACCCAUAUGCACACAGCGUUCAACCAGAUCAAAACGACAAAGACAAAGACCUUCCCUAUAGCCUUAACAAACUGUUGGGGCAAGUGGUGUUAGUGACAAGGCUGGAUUAUGGACCGGGACAGUGGGGCUAGUGCCCCGGAGCCUCGGACUGCCAGGGGGCCUCCAAGCCUCAGGGCGUGCACGGUGUGUGGCCCAAGACUUCUGAAGGAAGUUGAAUGCCGGGACCCUCAAUGCGCACAGCAAGAUGAUCGCUAGGCCCCUGGGUGCUUAUAGCGUGAACUAACCACUACUGCCCCCAAGACCCCUCGGCGCUGAUAAAGAAGUCAACGCAGCAACUAAUAAAACGAGCCAAAAAAGGUCGUGUCCCGUGCGUCACGUCACUCCAAAUGAGGCUCCCCCCCCCUGUCAUUAAUAAUGAUGAGCGGUUGACGUCACUCCACAUGGAGCAUGCUCUUCAUUAAUAAUCAUGAGCGGAUGAUGUGAGGCACCCCCACUUGAACGCAGUGGGCUCACAUGACAUUGUUUUUUUCCGAGACCAAAGUACUCUGCAAACCUUUGGGCUACCAUCAAAGAUUUGUUCAUUAAGCCAUCCAG